AUGAAUAAAAUUAAGCUUUCCUUCAGAAGCCAAUAAAAGCAAAACCAAUUUUUUACAGAUCAACUUCCAAUGCUAACUUUUUUUUAUGAAAGAGUGUGCAUUUUUGGAUCAAUCAGUGCAGUAAUUAUUUUUUCUUUAGAAUUCACAUACCCUAUUGGAUUUGGCAAUAGCAAAUAUCUUAUAAUUUGUUUGCCCUUGGUAUUUUUCAUUUCCUUUAAACUAAUCAAAAGGUACCCAAAAUUAUUUAACUACAUUUUACCUCUCAACAAUCUUCUAAUUGGUUUACUCUACAAUAUCAACCUUCUAUUUAAUUUCAUUCCCGACUUAAAUUUAAUGAUUGGAUAGACAGUUGUUUUAGUUUAAUUCAGCCUGCUUUUGGGUUCGAACUUUGUUCUAAAUAUGGCAAUUAUAAUAUUUAACUUUUCCACUUUAAUUUUAGUGUAAACAGUAGUUCAGAAAUCAUUUAAUGGAAAUCAAAUAAUGUUCAUAUUAGGUAAUCAAGAAUAACAUAAUUUAGCUCUUAUUUUGUCCUGCUUGUCUUAUUACUCCAAUGAAUAUCAGAAACGAGAGUUUUUCUUACUAAAAUAGCGAGACGAUGUGCAAUAUGGCAGCUUGAUCGAACAAUUUAGUAUAUAACUAAUGAAAAUUAAGUAUGACAGAAGAACAAAUUUCCUCAAAUUAGAAUCCUAAAAUCAUCCAUAAGCAGGAUUCAAUUUCUCUACCUAAGAGGAGUUUAGAUAAUUCAUCAGAUAAAUUCAAAUUUUAAAACAACAAAGGAAUACUCUGAUCUAAUCUAAAAUGUCCUCUUCAAGAAUAAGGAAUGAUUUUACUUAGUAGAAUUCUCAAAUUCGAUUUCCUCGGCUAUCUGUUCCUAAUUUGGAGAAUACUGAAACUCUGGAACAAUUACUACAUAAAUCAUUUACCUCUUAAAAAAAUGAGAAUUUUGAUUUCUUAUAGGGUUACGACACUAUUGGGAAAUGCGAUUAUAAAAUAAAAAUCUUAUAUAUAAUUGAAAAAGGUGAAGCGAAGGCAAUAGUAUUACUUUAGUAGAAUGAAGUGAAAAGACAGUUAAUUAAAGUCAAAUAAUAACGAGAUUAUCUAAGAAAGGUGAUAUCGUAAUUUCAAUCCAUUUUUGAAAUUCGAAUAAAAUAGUUGAGUUCACUUAUAAAUCCAAAGAAAUGCCUAUCAUAUACUAUUUUAUCUUCAGAAAUAUCGUUUCGCCUCGUUUAAUUCAUAUCAGAGUACUUCUCAAUUUGUAUAAGCAAAAACGACAUUCCAAAAUUGAAAAUUUCAACUAUUUAUAUAGAAAAUCUAUUAUAAUAAAUAGAAAACCGUAUUAAGGAUUACUUGGAUUCAAGAUUAAUAAAAUUUACAUAUCAAACAGAUCACAAUUUAAUUAUAAUUAAUGAUACUUAUCUAAUAACUCAUUUAAUACUAAGUCUAUUGUGUUUUUUGGUUCAAAAAUCUCCAGUAUAAAUCAGUUUAUACAUAAACUAGAAUUAAGAAUCAAAGAAUUAAGUGGCAAAUGUGGAUGAGAUCAUAAUCAAAAUAAACGCUUAAUUUACUGGAACUCCAAAGAGAGUAUUUGAAAUAGAUUGCUUUAAUUAAAUGAUAAAAAAGGUUAUCAAAAUUAUUGGUCCCACUGAAUAAUUGAUUAAUGAAUACGAUAACAAUUAGUUUGGAUAGGUAAUCAAAUUUGAAUGUGUUAUCUUUAAGAAUAUAAACUCAUUUAAAGACAUUUUUUCAAAACUCUGA